AUGGCCGUCAACGCAGCCCGUGUCGAGUCCCUCCGGGACAACAUCAACCGCCCCACCCGCAAGAUCUCCUACCCCAAGAACGCCGACGGAACCCCCGUCUACACAUCCGAGUUCUUUGGCGAGAACGUCUUCCACCUCCAGCAGAUCGCCAAGGCCCUCCCCAAGCCCGCUUAUGCCUCCUUCCUCAAGCAGAUGCGUGGUCGCCAGUCCCUUGACCGUGGCACUGCCGAUGCUAUUGCCCAUGCGGUCCGUAUCUGGGCCAUGGAUCGUGGUGCGACUCAUUUCACUCAUUGGUUCCAGCCCCAGACUGGUACCACUGCCGAGAAGCACGAUGCUUUCUUGACGUUGAAGUCUACUUACACCGCCGCUGGUGAAGAGACCACUGCCAUCGAUGCCUUCUCUGGUUCGCAGUUGCUCCAGGCCGAGCCCGACGCAUCGUCCUUCCCCUCCGGAGGCAUGCGCUCCACCUUCGAGGCCCGUGGUUACACCGUCUGGGACACCACCUCGCCCAUGUUCAUCCAGGAGGGUCCCCACGGCACCUCUGUCCUCUACAUCCCUUCCGUCUUCAUCUCCUACAACGGAGAUGCCCUCGACGAGAAGACCGUCCUCCUCCGCUCGACCGCACAGAUCUCCAAGGCUUGCUGUGAGCUCCUCUCGCUCAUUGAGUCUGUCCCCGUCGGUGCCCAGCCCCGCACCAACCACGUCUUCACCACCCUCGGAACCGAGCAGGAGUACUUCCUCAUCGACCGUUCCCUCUACUCCCUCCGCCCCGAUCUCAAGACCACCGGCCGUACCUUGAUCGGAAACUUGCCCCCCAAGCACCAGCAGAUGGAUGAUCACUACUUCGGUCGUGUUCCCUCCAAGGUCAUGGCCACCAUGUCUGAGGCCGAGCUCGAGCUCUUCCGUCUCGGAGUCCCCGUCAAGACCCGCCAUAACGAGGUUGCUCCCCAGCAGUUCGAGUUGGCCCCCAUCUUCGAGGAGGCUUCCUUGGCCGUUGACCACAACCUGUUGACCAUGGAUGUUCUCUCCAAGGUCGCCCACAAGAACAAGCUCAAGGUCCUCUACCACGAGAAGCCCUUCAAGGGCGUCAACGGAUCCGGCAAGCACUGCAACUGGUCCAUGUCGACCGACCACGGCGAGAACUUGCUCGACCCCACCGUCAAGCCCGAGACCAACUACCGUUUCCUCUUGAUCCUCGUUGCUGUCCUCCACGCCGUCCAGCAGCACGGAGCCCUCCUCCGUACCUCGAUCGCUUCCUCCUCUAACGAGCACCGUUUGGGAGCCUGUGAGGCCCCCCCAGUCAUCCUCUCCAUCUUCUUGGGUGAGCACUUGACUGAGGUCCUCAACUCCAUCGAGGAGUCCCGCCCCAUCAAGAACUUCUCCGUCCCCGAGAUCCAGACCAUCAAGUUGGGCGGUACCGCCCUCGACGUCAAGGUCGCCUCCCUCCCCACCAUCGCCCGUGACUUGACCGACCGUAACCGUACCUCUCCCUUCGCCUUCACCGGCAACAAGUUCGAGUUCCGUGCCGUCGGAUCCAAGCAGUCCCCUGCCUUCCCCGUCACCAUCCUCAACGCCGCCGUCGCCUCUGCCCUCCAGGACGUCUCUGAGGCCCUCCGUACCCAGAUGGGCGAGAAGCCCUUCCCCUCGGACGCCGACAAGGUCGCCGUCAUCAAGAAGUUCAUCGCCUCGACCAAGAACAUCCGCUUCGAGGGCGAUGGCUACUCUGAUGCCUGGGUCGUGGAGGCCGAGAAGCGUGGUCUUCCCAACAUCCGCACCUGCCCCGAGGCCUUUGAGCAGCUGAUCAAGCCCCCCCACCAGUCGAUGCUCACCAAGCUCGGCAUCUUCUCCCAGACCGAGUUGACCUCCCGCUUCUUCAUCAUGAACGAGCGUUACGCCAAGGACCUCCUCGUCGAGGCCAACACUAUGAAGGACCUCCUCUCCCAGCAGAUCCUCCCCGCCGCCUUUGAGUACCGCGGCACUCUCGCCAAGACCGUCCAGCUCUUGAACUCGAUCGAAGGCGAGGGUCAGUCGCCCGAGUUGAGCGCCCUCAAGGCCUUGACCCCCGUCGUCAAGGACCUCCAGGCCGCCCUCGUUGUCUUGGAUGAGUCCGUCGCCAAGUUGCACGCCAUCCAUGAUGACGCCGUUGCUGAGGCCAAGGCUGCGUCGGACUUCAUCGUCCCUGCCAUGCAGAACGCCCGUGUUAUUGCCGACAGACUCGAGACCUUGACUGCCGACAAGUACUACCCCAUCCCCCGCUACAGCGAAUUGCUCUGGUUCUAA